UGAUGUACUCGAUGUUCGAGCUAGGUUGAUUGGGAGGGGGGAGCUUCCUCCCACAAACUCUAUGGGCCUUUAACCAAUACCAAAUCAAGACGGAGACCGCAUGAGAAACUGCUUAUAGGAAACCAACACUGAGAAGGUGUCACAUGAAAACUGAAAAAGAGAAGAGUGAAGUAUAUUCAGAGGAAGCUGGCAAGAGAAAAAUGGAGAAUCCAUUGCUUUUAUCUCCUCAGCUAAAUCCUACUUCAAGAGUGAAAUCGCUGUAUAAAGUAAUGAAAUCCAUGCAUAAAGAGGGGUCAAAGCCAGACACAAAAAGCAGGAAUCGGGAAAAGAAUAACCGGUUGAGUCUCCUGUUGCAGAAGUCUGAAUUGCACCCAGAUGCGCAACUUCACAAAUUUGAGAAACUGGCAAUGGCUUCAAGUGAAACCCCUGAAACUGUGAAGAAGUGGGGCGAAUCUUUUGACGAACUGAUUUCUCAGAAAGGUGGAUUAGAUGCAUUCACAAGGUUCCUGAAAAGUGAGUUUAGUGAAGAGAACAUUGAAUUUUGGAUGGCAUGUGAAGAUUACAAGAAGAACACAGAAGCUUCCCAACUUUCACUCAAAGCAAAGACCAUUUAUGAGACCUUCAUAGAAAAAGAAGCUCCGAAAGAGGUCAACCUUGACUUUAACACCAAAACAUGCACCAGUCAGAGCAUGAGUCACCCGACACGCAACACAUUUGAUGCUGCGCAGACCAAAAUCUAUGCCCUGAUGGAGCAAGACUGUUACCCUCGCUUCCUGAGAUCCAACCUUUACUUAGACUUACUCCAUGGCAGACCUCAUGGCUGUUCUGCUCUUAGAAGGCGAUCGCGAUCUUUUACCUUCAAUGAGUUCAAAGAUGCCCAGCCAGAUUUUGCCAUCUGGCUUUAAAUAAAUAUUCUCCCUUGGACUUCCAUCUGUUUGAGAACAUCUUGGCGGGAGCAGAGGGACAUCGCCUCAAAUGGCUUACAUGAGUGGAACUUCACCAUUCCUGUGGAAUGGUGUCCAAGUUAACCUGCUGAUGAUCACAUUGUGAAGUCUUCAGUGCUUAGCUUCAACCAAUGCAUGAAUGGGGAGCAGCUUUGUAACUGACUUGGGUUCACUCUGAAGUCAGAUGCUACUAAUACACAGAGCACAAUUUCAUAAUAAGGGCCUCAAGAUUUUAGAGCGCAUGCACGCAGCAUAAUGGUUUAGAUACAAAUAUGUAUAUUUGCAUCUCACAUGCAACAAGAGAUGUCAAAUUAAAGUAAGGAAAUCUCUAUUUCUUACAAUGUAAACGCAUUUUUAUAGGGGCAAAACAGACCUGCCUGAGAGGUGCCAGAUGGCCCUCAUUUAUUUGGAGAGGCACCAAAUAUUUUUGAGAUGUGCUAGAUGUAAAAAUAUUCAUGCUCAACCUUAUUUUUUUAAUGCAGAGAAGAGGAUGUUUCAGCAUAAGUGAAAUGUUGCCAUGGGACUAAAUAUUUACACAAUUGCUUCUCGAUACAGGAUCAUUUGGGGAUGGUUCUGAAAAUGUGAAAAACAGAGAAAAGGGAAGACUUUCUUUCCAGCUAAGGUUGAGAUAAUCCAGAUGUUUGUGUGUGAGACUGCAGCUUAACUCGGAGGAAGAGACUGAGUUCAGGCUUUGCAAGCAACUUAAGAUGCUCACUGUAUCGCUGGAAAUCUGAUGUGAGAACAGUAGACUUAGGCUGUCUGUUGGAGUGUUUAAGCUACAUGUCCACCUACACUCAACUUGUGUAUUUGUAAAUAAAUGCAGUAUUUCCAAGCACCAAUAAACCUCCAGUGACCUUCUUCAAAAGGGAACCAAAUCUAGGUAAUCACUGUACCCCUAGAAUUCCUCAAUGUCCAAAGACAUGUGAUGAGCACAACAAUACAAAAGCUACAGCCAUGAUGACCCUGUGUCUGUAAGCAGCUGUCCUGGAGAUCCUUUCUUCCACACAACUGAAUUUCUAGCUUUCACUCUUCUGGAAGGAAAAAAAUCACUACUUUGGGGGGACAACUUCUCAUAUAAAGCAAGAGAUGC